UCAUUUGGUGUGGUCUCUUGUGAUAAUAAUGAUUUGAGGCUGAGUUACUGGACAAUCAUCAAGACCUCAUCCAGCCAGCACGACUAGUGGGUUGGCCUACACAUCAUAUUACAGAGGACAUGGUAGGCGCUGACGUGUAUUUUUUGCCACCAACAUAGGAUUUCAUGUAAACAUGGUUCCACCAAACAAAUGUCCCCUUGGGGAUAAUGAUGUUAUCACCUUAACUUCAUUCUAUCUAUUUCCAUCUACUGAAAUACACAUCGCUCUCCUUUUUUGUGGUUUUUUUUUUUUUACCCACAGUCAGACCCAGUUUCUAGCGAGGAAAGUUGAAUAAUACAGUGUUAUCAGGCAGACACUCCCUAAUCUACUGAACAUCUGAAGGAGCUGGUAGCUAUGUUUACCCAAUUCACUCAGUGAGAACAAAAAGCACUCCCCUUUUUACCUGUCCCAACCAAGGUAGGUGGAACAGCUGACAUAUGUAUUAAAAAGACCCUCCCAGAGUUGUGCAGUGAAUGUGUUGACCGAGGGCAGAGACACGUCCCCGCUUCGAGAUGCCGUUUUGAAUCGAGCAACAACACUUAGCUCUGCACUUUCGGUAGCAGGCUGCGCAGAGAUUCUCAUUACUAAAAGAGUACCUCUUCAUUCACCACUUCGGCUUAAACAUGAACUGGGCGUUUCUUCAGAGCCUCCUGAGCGGAGUGAACAAGUACUCCACGGCAUUUGGCCGGAUAUGGCUUUCUGUGGUCUUCAUCUUCCGACUGAUGGUGUUCGUGGUGGCGGCCGAGAAGGUGUGGGGCGACGAGCAGAAAGACUUUGACUGCAACACGCGCCAGCCGGGCUGCCACAACGUCUGCUAUGACCACUUCUUCCCCGUCUCCCACUGCCGCCUCUGGGCCCUGCAGCUCAUCUUCGUCACCUGCCCAUCGCUCCUGGUCGUACUGCACGUGGCGUACCGGAACGACCGGGAGCGGAAGCACUGCCUGAAGCACGGCGAGGGGUGCACCCGUCUCUAUAGCGACACGGGGAAGAAGCGCGGCGGCCUGUGGUGGACGUACUUCUUCAGUCUGGCGUUCAAGAUGUCGGUGGAUGCAGUGUUCAUCUUCCUCAUCUUCUACAUCUACGAGGCCGCGUUCUUCCCGCUGGUGGUGAAGUGCUCAGAGGACCCCUGCCCCAAUGAGGUGGACUGCUUCAUCGCCAGGCCUACAGAGAAGCGGAUGUUCACGUACUUCAUGCUAGUCACCAGCUUUGUGUGUAUCCUCCUGACCCUGUGUGAGAUGGUGUACCUGCUGGGAAAGAGGUGCGGGGAGUGUGUUGGAAAACGCCACGCAAUCAAGCACCGGACGCCGUUCGUCAUGCCAGCCACCAUCCCGAUGACCAAGCUGGAUAAGUCUGUGUGUAAGCAGCCGGGAAUGGAGAAGAUUGAUAGUGGUGGAAGUGAGACCGAGACAGCGGUCUCUGCUCCAGCAUAUAGUUUGGCUGUUUCCUAAGACUGUUAUUGUAAUCUCUACUGCAGUAUAUAAUUUGGUUGUUUCAAAUGUAAUUGUACAAAUGAACGCAAUCAUAAAUACAAUUUACGUUUGAAGUCUGGAACGCAUUGACACCAAAUGUUGGGUCUGCUCUUUUUUGAUGCUUUGCCAGGCCUACUUGGGCUCUUUAAUUAGAUUGUUAUCUUCAUCUCUGCUCAAGCUAUUCAUUUCGCUGUUUACUAAGAUUAUCUUGUAUCGUUCCAGUAAGGAGACUUGAAUGUUGUGCAGUUUUUUAUGUUCCUUCUUUGGAUUAAAGCAUGUGAGUAUUUAACUGAGGGCUUGUUGAUUAGAGGUUUCAGAUGUGUGUUACAGGAAUAAAAAAAAAGUAUGCUUACAGAGCAGGCAAUGUUCUGUUGUUUCUGUUUUAUGACCAGUGUCAGUCUACAGUGUGUUUCCAAAAUGAAGUACAUGUAUGAUUUUUAUGAAAUGAUUUCUGAUGCCAUGUGUUUAAAUUAUAUAGUAAUUUGAA